AUGGCGUCUGGGAAGGCUCGCAACAGUAAGCGAUCCUCUGGGGUUUCUUACUCAACUAUGACAACUGUAAUAUUUGUAGCGUUAUGCAUGUUGGGCGUAUGGGUGCUAAACUCCAAUUCAUUUUCUCCCGCAAAAUCAACAACUCAAUCUGAAUCCACGACCACUCUACUAAUCCAUUCGGAUAGUAACACAAAACCUUCCGACGAGAAAAUUCAUCCUAUUCAUAUAGACAGCAGCUCGGUUCACCUUCCCGGUGAUGCCGUCAAAGCCAAUGAGCUAUCUCGACCUAAUGAUUCUAAUGAAAGUCAGGAGAUUCCGGAAGAUACUAAAGAUUCGUUGUCUGACCAUUCCGAGGUUUCUAUGGAUUCAGAGAGCACUAAUGAGAAUGCUGAUGAAGCUGCAGGAGAGAAUACUUUCAAGCAAGAACCAGAAGAAAAUGGCAUAAUUGACAAUGAUAAUAAGAUUCAUCCUGAGCAUGAUAAUAUUGAUGAAAAUAAGGAAGGUGAUAAUGUGAAAGAUCAGGAUUCAGCAGUAGAAGAAACCCAGGAAAAACUGCAAGGGGAAGAGUCUGUAGAAGAAAAGGGAAAUCAAAACGCUCUUGACACUCAAACCAGGGAGGAAAGUUCGGUGACUCAAAACCAAGAAGUUGAAGAUACGAUGAAAGAAAACACAGGAGUGUCGACUCAUGAAGGAAUUGGAGGUGAACAAGAAAGCCAGCAAACCGAAAAUGAGAAAUAUAGUACUGGGAAUCAUGACGUUGAAGAGAUCAAAGUAAAUGUCGGCAGUUCAGAGAAUACGGAGAAUCUAAUAUCAGAUGAAGAUCGACGACAACGCAUAGAAGAGCAUCAAAAACACGAAGAAGAACAAGUCCAACAAGGACAGAAAGAAUGGCAAUUACAAGAAGAUACUAAUGGGACUACAAGUGUUGAUCAAAUCCAACACGACGAGGCAUCCAUAUCCUCAGCUGAAGAUGAUCCAACCUUCAAAGAUGCAAAGGAGACUCGUACAGAAGAUAACAAGAAUUCCAAGAACAACGAUGGAGAUUCAUUUCCAAAUGGAGAGAACAAUGUGAUACCAAAAGAAUCAAAAGAAUCCAAAAGGACAUGGUCUACUCAAGCAGAUCAGUCUGAGAACCAAAAAGAGAGACGAAAAGGAGGAUCGGAUGAUAAAGAUAGUAGCAUCUAUGGAUACACAUGGCAGUUAUGCAACGUAACAGCUGGUACAGAUUACAUACCUUGUUUGGACAAUGAGAAAGCAAUAGCAAAGCUUCACAGCAGAAAGCACUACGAGCAUCGCGAAAGGCACUGUCCUGAGGAUCCCCCGACUUGCCUAGUUCCACUGCCACAGGGGUACAAAAGUCCCAUAGAAUGGCCUCAAAGCAGAGAUAAGAUAUGGUACCAUAAUGUACCACAUCCAAUGCUGGCAGAGGUGAAGGGCCACCAAAAUUGGGUCAAGGUGACCGGGGAAUUUCUUACUUUCCCAGGUGGUGGCACUCAGUUUAUACAUGGAGCAUUGCACUACAUUGACUUUGUACAAGAGGCAGUGCCAGAUAUUGCAUGGGGAAAGCAUACUCGAACCGUAUUGGAUGUUGGCUGUGGAGUUGCCAGCUUUGGAGGUUUUCUCUUCGAAAGAGAUGUUCUUGCACUAUCUUUUGCCCCCAAAGAUGAACAUGAGGCUCAAGUCCAAUUUGCCCUUGAAAGGGGAAUACCAGCAAUAUCGGCCGUGAUGGGUUCUCAAAGACUGCCAUUUCCUAGCAGAGUGUUUGAUGUUGUGCACUGUGCACGUUGCAGAGUCCCUUGGCACGCAGAUGGUGGUUCUCUACUCCUGGAACUGAACCGGGUACUACGACCUGGUGGCUAUUUUGUGUGGUCAGCAACUCCGGUGUAUCAAACCCUUGAAGAAGACGUGCAGAUAUGGAAAGAAAUGUCCAACUUAACAGUGUCCAUGUGUUGGGAGCUUGUCACAAUUAAGAAGGACAAAUUGAAUUCCAUUGGUGUUGCUGUUUACCACAAACCAGACUCAAAUGAUUGUUAUGACCAAAGAAAGCAAAAUCGUCCUCCGAUGUGUAAAACAGAUGAUGAUCCUAAUGCAGCAUGGCAUGUACCUUUGCAGUCAUGCAUACAUAGAGUCCCGAUUGGAGGAAACGAGAGGGGUAGCCAAUGGCCUGAAGAGUGGCCUGAGCGAGCGCAGACACCUCCUUAUUGGCUCAACAGAUCUCAGAUGGGAAUUUACGGGAAACCAGCUCCAGAGGACUUUGCAGCAGACUAUGAGCACUGGAAGAAGGUGGUGAGCAAGACAUAUAUGAGCGGCUUGGGAAUUAGCUGGUCCAACGUGAGAAAUGUUAUGGACAUGAGAGCAGUUUAUGGAGGAUUUGCCGCUGCACUCAAGGACCUGAAAGUAUGGGUGAUGAAUGUAGUGAAUGUAGAUUCUCCAGAUACACUUCCCAUAAUCUAUGAACGCGGCCUUUUUGGGAUAUAUCAUGACUGGUGUGAAUCCUUCAGCACCUACCCCAGGACAUAUGACCUCCUGCAUGCGGAUCAUCUUUUCUCCAGAUUGAAAAAGAGGUGCAAGCUUGUGCCUGUGAUGGCAGAGGUUGAUAGAAUAAUUAGACCUGGAGGUAAAUUAGUUGUGCGCGAUGAAUCCAGCACAAUUGGGGAAGUAGAGAACUUGUUGAAGUCUCUGCAUUGGGAGGUCCAUCUAACAUUCUCCAAAAACCAAGAGGGGAUGCUAAGUGCUCAGAAAUCCAACUGGAGGCCGGACGCAUAUGAAGCCGUAUCUUGA